CCCAACACGCAAAGUUCCUUUUCACAUUUCAACACCCAAAAACACUUCCCAUUUUCUCUCUCUGGGUAUUUCUUUUUCUAAUCUUAUCUGAUAAUUUCUUACUGGUGUAAUGCAAUGCAAAGAUAAAAUAAAGUUCUGGGUUUGAUUUGAUUUUUUGAAAAAAAAAAAAUAUAUUUCUUUUGCAAAUAUGAGAUUUUCCGAUGAGAAUUCGACGGCAGCAGCCGAAAGUGGUGGUGGUGAUGGUGGAGGAGAUAAGUGGGAUUCGUUAGGCUUCAUGGAGUUGCUCGGUAUUCAUCAAGAUUUCUUUGAAUCCUUUAUACAGCAGCCUGCUUUGAUCCUUUCACCACCAUUACUACAACUAGACACUGAACAGAAGCCUCAAGCUGGUCUCCAAUUGCAGCCGUAUUCCACCGUGUCGGAAUUUUCAGAGUCUUUAAACAACCCGCCGCCAACGCCGAACUCGUCUUCCAUCUCGUCGUUAUCGAAUGAAGCUGCGAAUAUUAAUGAACAGAGUACUAACGCCGGUGAUGAUGAAGAACAAGACAAGACAAAGAAACAGUUAAAACACAAAAAGAAGAACCAAAAAAAGCAAAAGGAACCCAGAUUUGCAUUCAUCACAAAGACUGAAAUUGAUCACUUAGAUGAUGGUUAUAGAUGGAGAAAAUAUGGCCAAAAAGCGGUCAAAAACAGCCCUUAUCCAAGAAGCUAUUAUCGUUGCACUAGUAACGGAUGUGGUGUGAAGAAACGAGUCGAGAGAUCGUUCGAUGAUACGACGAUCAUUAUCACCACUUACGAAGGCAAACACACGCAUCCGUGUCCGGUACAGCCUCGAGGAAGCGGUUUCGGUAAUAUCGGUUUGACCCCAUCAUUUAUGGUCCAUCAUCAGUACCAGGAUCAGCAACAAGAAGAAGUAGAACAACCCUAUAUGUAUGCUUCAUUGUCUCCAUUGAAUCCAUGUUUUAGCCCUAAUGGUUCUUCUUCAGCUUCAUUAAUUAGAGACCAUGGGCUUCUUCAAGAUAUUGUGCUUCCAAUUAAGACGAGGAACGAGGCUAAUGAACAAGUGUAGGGUAAAAAAAAGUUGGGGUUUUAGUUAAUAAUUAAUGGUAUGUAACUUUUUUUACCUUUGGGGAGAUUUAUUUUUUGAACAAAGAGAACCCACUUUUUGCCAUUACUACAUGUAUAAUAUUUUUAUGCUUCCGGCUACCCUUUUGUAUUUGGUUUUUUUCUUGCAGUUACCCUUUGUAUUUAGAGAAUUUUCACUAAUGGUGUUUUUUUUAAUUAUUUAUUCCAUUUUCUGCUUUAGUCUA